CCAAGCAAGUGCAACAAUGUCAGGAGAAGAAGAAGAGAACGCAGCAGAGCUUAAAUUGGGUGAAGAUUUCGUUAAAGCAAAAUGUUUAAUGAAUGGAGAAGUUUCCAUGAUUUUAGAGCACAGAUUAGAGCAACUUCAACAGGUUUCUGAAGAUCCUUUGAAUCAGAUGCCUCAAGUUUUCGAAAAAUCUUUGCAGUACGUGAAGCGAUUCAGUCGUUACAAAAAUCCAGAUGCUGUGCGACAAGUUAGAGAAAUUCUUAGCCGACAUCAAUUAGCUGAAUUUGAGCUUGCUGUUCUUGGGAAUAUUUGCCUUGAAACUGUUGAAGAAGCUAUUGCUAUGGUCCCUUCUCUUAAGGAUAAAGGAAGAGAUUUAGAUGAUGAAGCUAUUGAAAAGAUGCUUAAUGAUCUUGCUCUUGUUAAGAAGUUUGAAUAAUUUUUAGGGUUAGGGUUAGGGUUUCUGAUUACCUUUAAUUUGGAUCGAA